GUUUUCAAAGGAACUAUUAAUAUCGGACUGAAUUAACAAUUAACAAAUUUCGAGUUGAAUUUAUUUGAGUGAAAUGAAUUGUUAAUGAAAAUUGCAGGUUUAUAGUGAUCAGAUAUCCAGUUGUAAACUCCAGCUAAGAACUUCAAACUGCAAACUUCCAAUUUGCAACCUGCUAAUCCGAAAUCAUGGAAAACUGGUCCACAAACGCGAUCAUUAACUGGAAUCAUCAUGGAAUUAUGGAGUUGCCAAGUGAAUUGGAACAUUAUGGCAGUAGCGUGAGGGAAAUGCAUUUACAACAUAAUAGAAUUCAAACUUUGCCGCCAUGGAUCACGUAUUUAAGGAAUUUGAGUGCACUUUAUUUGGAUAAUAAUAAUUUGCGGGAUAUUCCGGAGGAAAUUGGCACCUUAUCGCACCUGACUGAUCUGAACUUAAGUAGUAACAGUUUGAGCAAACUUCCGCAAGAGAUCAAAUCUUUACAUAGUUUGACGAAUUUAAUCAUUACUGAUAAUAACUUGACCAAUUUGCCCGAUUUCACCCAGUUACGAUCUUUGCGACGUUUGGACGUGAGUUACAACGGCAUAAAGUGCCUGCCUCCGAGUGUCGGUGAGCUUCGAAACUUGGAAGAACUUUCCGUCGACAGCAAUCCGCUGUUCGAAUUGCCACCUUCCGUGUUUUCCUUACCACGUCUGAGGGAAUUGAGCGCAAAUUCAUUACCAUUGGCCGCUGAUCCUCUGCCUAAUAUUAUUUUCAAGCUGAACCCUGCCCUGAAACAUGUACCCUUGACUCUUGAACCUCUGUUUGAUAUCAAUCCACAUAUCAGCACACGAUUUUGGACAUACGAUUCGACAGAAUUUUUCCAUCCAAGACAAAUCCAUGUAAAAGUAGUCAAUACUGAAAAUUUACCAGAAAUCGAUGUUUAUUUAUAUUCGGGUAUCAAACAUGUUUCACAAUAUUUUGCUCCAAAAAUGCCAACAUUGUUCGAAUUGGCCUUGCGGAAAACACAUGCUAUUUUGAGCAAAACUCUUUCUUUCUGGAUGAGAAUGAAAACUGUGAUGAUGAAGAUUAUAAUGAAUUUUAUGAUAGAGGGAGGUGCUUUGCAAGUAAGUUACUUUGGGGAACUGUUUACAGACUAG